AUGCAGAAUCGCCUCUACAGUCAAGUUAGAGCACAUAACAGUGUAUACAGCAGUAACAGCUGUGGUGGAAAUGUCGAUCUUUCGACAAGAGAAGUGCUUAUAUUGGCCAUAAUGUGCGGAUUUGCUGCUUUUAACUUACAUAGCGCGGAUACGAAGAGCUUGUUCAACGUAUUCACGUUGGUCCCCGCAAUUUUGUUUACCUUCAAAAUUCUAGUAAUGAACAAAGAUAACAGCACCCUCAGUGUGGGUAUCGUCGCUAUGUUUUGGAUGUACUACGGUGUCGGUGUAGUCUGUGACGUCAUAUUUGGAACUGGAGAAGGCUACUUGGCUGUGCAACUGAUUCUUGUUGGAGCACUUGGUAUCAGCUCUUAUCGAGGAGGGUUAUUCGAUGAUAACUACUCGGAUAAAUGCAGUAAUAUCAGUGAUCCCUUAUCUCGCCUUUCUAACAUCGUAGAACGAAAAAAGAGCAUUGAAAAAUGUGCAGCAUAUAGCUCACUAUAUAGGGAAACCGUCGGCACACCAACAUAUAGUGAUUUUCUGCCGAAACUGAGUGCUACUCAAAGUACGCUUAAUUUGUCAAGUAGGACUGCUUUGCAAUUUGACAAGGAUACGGCCGAGAGAACAUUGAUGACAGCCAUAUUGAAAGAAACCGACACAGCUCUAGAGAUAUUCCCCUCUGAAGUCGAAGGAGAGGUGUCAAGUAUGCUUCAGCAUGUGUCUUUGCCAGAAAGUUGCGAUAAUUCAGUAUUGAUACAUUACGGUGACCUGCUUGCAGAUCCAAAGAAAACGCUCCAAUUUUCUAACCACUCAGACAUACAGAAAAUCACAAUUACAAACAUCUCAGGUCGUAGUAUAAAUUGGGUAGUGAAGACAAACGCGAUCUACGAAAUUGGAGCCUCUCCAUCGCAAGGAAUGCUACGAAAUGGUGCUAAGACGGAGAUUAAUGUAGUUCUAAAUGCUGAUAAAGUCGCAAUUCCGGAUGCUGUACGUUACAGUGAUAAGCUCGCCAUCGACUAUACGUUUGUUGACGAUACAAAAGCCAAACACAAGAGAAAGCGUAUGAAGCAGAACAUGACGAAAAGAUAUCAAUUUGACAUAUUGUACAGAUUCUGA